GUUCCACUGCCCCUCCGCCGCGACCCAGAAUUGUGCUUCCGGUGCGGAGGUCAGGGGCAAAAUGGUGCCGCCGGUGCAGGUCUCUCCGCUCAUCAAGCUUGGCCGCUACUCGGCGCUGUUCCUCGGCGUGGCCUACGGAGCCAAGCGCUACAGUUACCUGAAGCCGCGGGCCGAGGAGGAGAGGAGGGUGGCCGCCGAGGAGAAGAAGAAGCAGGAUGAGCUGAAGCGCAUUGAGCGCGAGCUGGCCGAAGCCCGCGAUGACAGCAUCCUCAAGUGAGCCGCCCGGCCGCCCGGAGCGCCAAUAAAGUGUCGCCGCCGU